AUGGCUUUUCUUCAAAUGUUCUAUCAGCGUGGAGCUGUUAUGCAUCUCUUGAUUUUGUGCUUAUUUUUGGUGACUGCUUAUGGGCAGGACAAUUGGAACAAUCCAUUUUCACUAGAUAUGAUAGUUUCUCCAAUGAAAAAGGCAAACGAAUUUACAGCAACACUCCAGGUUAAAAAUAAUGUGGACCGAUGUAUGGCGGUGAAAGUCAGUACUGAGGUCAAUUCAAACAUCAAGUACAUUUCUUCUCAUGCCAUUUACACUUCCUGCCUCUGCAGAGUGAACAACUACUUCUGGGAUAUUCAUGUCUCUGUUAAUACAGCCAUAAAAGGAAAGGCAGAAGUUGUUCCACCUAAGGGCAUAUGUCCUGAUGAUGAAAUCAUAUUUCCAGUAACUUCCUACAUAGGGACUGUUAUACAAAAAAUCAUCGUGACAUGA